UAUGCAACGACACCUCUUGCGGAGAAGGAAGACCAAGUCGGUACCGACACCGCGUGAUUUUCUUCGGCAAGGUGGCAGAAUUCUGAGCGAGGUUGCAAGCAGAAGCGGAGUGAAAGAAGGAAAGGAAAUCUACAGCAACGCAUUCAAAAAGCAAACUACCCAAGGGGCAGAAUCACAGACUGGUCUCUUCAGAUGGGCAGAUCAGCUGGGUUUUGUGUCAAAUCUCCGGGCUGUGGAUAGAUUUUCGGCACAGAGAUUUGGGGAGUGAUGAAGAAAGCUGUAAAUUUGAGAACUGGGUUUUGAUUUGAAGUUGCGCAUCCAUCCGUUUUCCACGAGUAGCGGGGACGAAACAGCCACAUUCAUCGCAUGCUAAGAUGAUUUGUACUUUUGGAGGAUCUCUAGGGUUUAUGGGCUGUUUAUCAGUCUAAGUGAUGUAGCCUUGUCGCAGGAGCUGGUUGGAAUACGGAGCUUGUAUUGACAUUGUAUCAUGGAUGAUCAAAUUCAUGUCAAUUUCAUGGCUUUGAAGUAUCAGGGUGUGAAUAAGAAUUAGGAAAAAAAAUAGUUUUCGAGGCAGAAAUCAUGGCAGGGAAAAAAUCUGCCUUCGAAUUUAUGAUGGGGAACGCCCGGAAGGGCAGUUCCAAAGAGAAGGGUUGCCCCUCGGCAUCAUUGGCUGAAAAGGCCAAAGAGGUAAUUAAGGAGUCUGUGAAGGAGACUAUCAAAGAGGAGGCCGAUGAGAAGAUGGAAGACAUUUCGGUGAUGGAUAUUGAUGUGAAGAUGGAGGACAAGAAAGUCAUAACCUCUUCAACCACAGACUCGGUAGCGCCAUCAACCAAGGAGGCUAAGCGAAAGGGUCGGCCUCCGGCAUCGUCAGUAGCAAAGGCCAAGCAGGUUGUUAAGGAGUCUGAGACGGCGACCAUCAAAGAGGAGGUUGAUGCGAAGAUGGAGGAGAAGAAAGUAGUGGCGUCUACAGCUGCCGAAGCGGUCGUGCUAUUAACCAAGAAGGAGACAGAUUUUGACCCUGAAGCUGCUGCAUUCUGGAAGCCGGGGCAACCCGUGCCAUUCUUAUUUCUUGCCAGCGCUCUUGAUAUCAUUUCAGAUGAGUCAGGGAGGCUAGCAAUGACGAAUAUUUUGUGCAAUGUAUUUCGGACGGUUAUUGCAACCACGCCGAAGGAUCUCCUGGCAGUCGUGACCUUGUCAGCAAAUAGGAUUGCUCCAGCUCAUGAGGGUGUGGAGCUUGGUAUCGGUGAUGCGGCCAUUGUCAGAGUCCUUACUGAGGCGUAUGGAAGAAAGGCUGACCAAAUUAAAGCUCAGAUGAAGACAUUGGGGGACCUUGGUCUCGUUGCAAAGGCUAGUCGAACUUCGCAGAGGACCAUGUUCAAAUCACAACCCUUGACGUGUGCAAAAGUACUGGAUACAUUUCGCGAGAUUGCUAAGGAUAGCGGCAACCAGAGUCAGGACAGGAAGCGUGGAAGAAUGAAAGCUCUUCUUGUAGCAGCCACAGAAUGUGAGCCAUUAUACCUUGUCCGCCUGCUUCAGUCCAAACUACGCAUAGGUUUGGCAGAGAAAACCGUGCUAGCAGCUCUGGCGCACGCAGCGGUGCUUUCUGAGGUCCCUCGAGUUCCUGCUAAUCAGCUGACUGCUAGGUUAGAAGAGGCGGAAGAAAUAAUGAAGGAAACCUACUCAGUGCUUCCUAUAUACGAAAAGAUUAUAAGCGCAAUAUUAGAACAUGGUAUCCGCAAGCUACCUGAAGUUUGCAAUUUUACUUUGGGUAUACCUGUUGGACCUAUGCUAGCUAAGCCUACAACCGGGGUUUCUGAAGUUCUCAACAAAUUUCAGGACAUGGAGUUUUCAUGUGAAUAUAAAUAUGACGGUGAAAGAGCUCAGGUACAUUAUCUGCAAGGGGGCACAAUUGAGAUAUACAGUAGAAAUGCUGAACACAACACUGGGAAGUUUCCUGACAUCGUUGCAGCAAUGCCCAGGUGUAUGAAAACUGGAACUGAAACAUAUGUACUUGAUUGUGAAGUAGUCGCUUACGAUCGAGAGAAGAAUAAGAUAUUGCCCUUUCAGGUUUUGAGCACCCGAGCUCGAAAAGGGGUCGUGUUGAGCGACAUCAAAAUACAAGUGUGUCUUUUCGCGUUUGAUCUUCUGUACCUGAAUGGCCGUCCAUUGUUGAAGGAGCAGUUGAAUGUUCGAAGAGAGUUGCUGUACUCCUCGUUUCAAGAGAUACCAGGAGAGUUUCAGUUCGCAACUGCAAAGAACUCAAAUGAUUUGGAGGAGAUUCAAAAGUUUCUAGAAGAUGCUAUAAAUGACAGUUGUGAAGGGCUAAUUGUGAAGACAUUGUCAAAAGACGCAACUUAUGAACCUGCUAAGCGUUCGAACAAUUGGCUCAAGCUCAAGAAAGAUUACAUGAAUACUGGAGGUGGAGAUUCCUUGGAUCUUGUACCGAUUGGAGCGUUCUAUGGUCGUGGAAAACGCGUCGGUGUUUAUGGCGCGUUCUUGUUGGCAUGUUACGAUGAAGAUCGGGAAGAGUUUCAAAGCAUCUGCAAAAUUGGAACGGGAUUCACAGAGGCUGUGCUGGAGGAACGUUCUGUGACCCUGAAGAAUCAUGUCAUACCUCAACCGAGGUCCUAUUACAGAUAUGGGGAGACAAUUGGAGUAGAUGUUUGGUUUGAAGAUGUUGAGGUCUGGGAGGUGAAGGCUGCUGAUUUGAGUAUUAGCCCUGUCCAUCGAGCAGCUGUGGGAUUGGUUGAUCCCAAUAAGGGGAUUUCGUUGCGUUUUCCAAGGUUGAUGAGAUUACGGGAAGAUAAAACGCCUGUUGAAGCGACUUCAGCACAGCAGGUCGCAGAAAUGUAUCGAGCUCAGAAGAUCAACCAUGGCCAUGGUGGAGACGCCGACGAUGACGAUGAUUAGCAUUCUUCAGUUAAACUCAUCGCUAACGGCUAAACAAUGUUGUGCUGCCUACGGGCUGUCAAGAGACCAAGUGAUCAGCACACGUGAACGUUUCGAAAAAAAACUCCAGCAGCAAUGCGCAGCAAUGGAACCUCAGCAUACUUAUCAAGGGAGCAACUUGCGUAACAGUGGUGAUGAUAUCCUGCGAUGCUGCCACAUCAAAGCAAAUGUCCUCGGAUAGAUAGAAUGCCUACAUAUUAUAGCUUGGGACAGAUCCUCCAGACGAACCUUCUGAAUUCCUGACACGUCUAUUUUCAUGCAAUUGAAAUGCUAAAGUGUAAUUAGCCUGAAUUGUUUCUCUUGAAAGCUGCUUUCAAACUAGAUUCCUACUCUGUGGAAGUAGACAUUCUAGAAUGACACUCUGUCAUUUACACACAGGAAGGUGUCGAUGCAUGUGUUAUUUUCAGCCAAACAGAAAGCACUGUAGCUUCAUCAGCAGUUGGGGUGUUGCAUAAAACGCCAGAUUUUGGAAUGAACCAUUUUCAACUGACACUAUAAACAACUCUGUGUUCCUGGAUCUUCCGGA